GAGAAAGCUGGAGGGUGCUACGGUCAUUAUAAUCCACAAGCUUUCUUAUUUCUGGACAAAGAGAUAGGAGAGCGAGCAGGUCCCUAUGCUUCCCUAUAUAACGCCAUCAAACCCCUUCACAGUCAUGGAGGAUAAGAGAAACAGGAAUACAAGUACCUAAAUCAAAUUCGAUCAUCAAAAUCUUCUUCUUCUUCUUCUUCUUCUUCUUCUGUUUGAUUUAUGAUGUUGUAAAGUUAUCUGUCAGCGCCGGUAGAAAAUUCUGGGACUCAUCGCUCCUUGUUUGUUCCUUCCAUUUCAUCCUCCCCUUCUUUUCUCAUCCAAGGGAUAGAAAGAGAUGCGCUUGAGUGACCCCCUUCCCCAGAGUCCUCCUCAAGUCUCGGCUGUGGUGAUCACCAGCUUCUUCCGUCACUCAAUGCAGAGAAUUCAUGUAGUGAUUUGGAAGUGAGCAUCUCAACAGAGAAAAAGAACUCCUUUUUAGAUACGACAGAUGAUGGAAGGAAGGAUUGAUGAGAGUUCCGGAAUGGCAGUCUUGUUCACCACCGACGGGAUUUGCACCAAUGCCAUCGAGGCGUUGCUUGCUCCGGGAUCCUUUGCCGGUGGAUGUCCUGGGUCGCAAUUCAUGGUGAAUUCCGAUGGCAGUCAUGGGAACAGUCUCAAGUUUGGGCUCGAGGAAACUGCUGAUGAUGACUUGGACGAGUACCCUCAGCGGCCGGGGAAGAAAAGGCGGCUGACGGCCGACCAAGUCGAGUUCCUGGAGAAGAACUUCGAGGUUGAGAACAAGCUUGAGCCGGAGAGGAAACUUCAACUCGCCAAGGACCUCGGCCUGAAACCUAGACAGGUCGCCAUAUGGUUCCAGAACCGCCGUGCACGGUGGAAGGCAAAGCAGCUUGAGAAGGGGUAUGAAUCCCUGAAGUCCAGCUACGACUCCCUCAAGCUUGAUCAUGAUAACCUGCUCAAGGAGAAUGAGAAACUCCAGGCUGAGGUGGUGCUUCUCACUAACAAGCUUCUCCAAGAGGAGAAGGAUAGCAGCAGCUGGGAAUCGUUCCAACUAAGGAUCUGCCCUGACAAGCUGCAACCAGGAAUUGAUGCUCAGGUCAUGCUCUGCAAGCAAGAAGACUUCAGCUCUGCCAACAGCGCUGUGUUAGAGUCGGAGAGCCCUCAGCAUGUCGACGAUGGUGGAUACUCCAACCAAUCUCAAGUCGUGGGUUGUUGUGGCUUCCUCAGGCCCGAGAGCCAUUCAUGCAGCAAUGAGUUCCAGGUGGAGGAUCAAGCCUUGUGGUUCUGGCCCUGAUUAGAGCUUCCACAUCAUCCAUGACCAAAUUCCUGUGUCUUCUUCAUCCUGUCUUCGUUUUGCUUGCUCUCGAGUGGUGAACUCUCGGCAAAUAAAAAGCUUUUCAGGCGACAAGCCACAUCUCAUAUAAUAGCUCUUCAUCUGUAUUCGCAUUUCUCUUCCUCGAAUCAUUUGCAGAUACUGUAAUGCUCGCUACUUUUGGUCCAUACCAGAGUAAAGAGUGAUCUAUCCUUGAACAGCAGCAGUAAAAAUUGCAUUCGUUUGUGGUUGC